GCUCGAGUGCUGUGUGCUGUGUGUAACAUCUGAUAGACAGCGCAGCCUACACUUGACUGGAACGGUGCUACUGCCUAGGAAAAGCACGACAAACACAUCGCAUGCCAUUGUGUAAGUGCUGAACCACUGACGAACCACACACCACACUGCGAACGAAAGCAAGGGAGGGCCAGGGCGUAGGGGUUCCGGAAUACGAGAGUGUGGGCCGUGGGCCGCUCCCGCGCGGAACAGCGGAGAGACUAGCAACACACCUGACACCAGCGGAAGGAGCGUGCUUGGAGUGCUAGAAUGACUCACCCACGGGUGCUACGACAUAGAGGAGCUGUCAAGGCUUCUCUGGCGGUGCUGGCUGUUCUUCUAAUUGGCCAGGCGGCGAUACCCAUCAGCCAAAGGCAGAACGAAAGCAGUGGUAGUGGACGGCUCGGCGAGGAUGGAGGGAGGCGGUUGGGGUGGUUUGGGGGGUGGGGCGGGGGCGCGAAGGAGGCCGAAGUCGAACCCAACCAAGAAGACCGAGGGCCAGCGGGGGGCGGGGAGCCGCUGGUAGAUGUGAAGGGGGACGAGACGACGCAACGAGUGGAAGAGAAAACGUUGAAGUUGAAGCCGAUCCCGGACGUCCAGGGCGCCGGCGGCGGCUUGGGGGGUUUGAAAGCGCACCCACGGAUGCACCCGAUAGGCGCGAAGUUGCCGAACGUGCCCAUCUCCGAGACGGUCGAUCUCGAGGUCCCGCGAGAAGGGUUGCUUUGGCAGCCCACAACGAUGUCGCCGCUCAAGUGUGGCGAGGCCGCGGAUGCCUCAGCGGACGAGUGCGAGGCCACGAUCACGUUCUGCCUAAUGAGGAUGGCGGAGUACCAGGAGACCCCGUGGAAGUACCCGAUGGCCGUGAUGCUGCAGAAGAAGAGCGAGUGCAGUAAGGCGGAAAACUUGCGGUCGUUCCGCCUCUCUGAUCUUCGGACCUACAUGCGCGAGCACCCUGAAGAGUUCUUGCAGCCCAAUGGCUUCGUUUACCACGAGACUCGCACGGGCUCCACCCUGGUGGCCAACAUGCUGGCGCACGUGCCGUCGAACCUAGUCGUGAGCGAGAACAACAUGGCCGAGGACCCGGUUCGCCGCUGCUCGGACUGCACGGAGAUGCAGAAGGUGGCCCUCUUGAGGGAAAUCAUGACGCUGCUUGGCAACGGGAGGAACGGGCACGAACACCUCUUCUUCAAGUUUCAGGACUCCACCACCCUUCCCUUGAUGAUGAAGGCCUACCCCGAGGUGGGAUGGGUUUAUCUCUUCCGAGACCCCGUUGAGGUUAUGGUCAGCAACCUCAAGGGCGCCUAUGGCAAGCGUGAGCGGUUCUACAAGGGCUUUGACUUCGACGCCGCUGAGCAUGACAUGAACAACAACAACAACAACAACAACAUGACAGGUGGCAGUGAACGGGCGGGCGGGGGGCUCGUUGUGGCGGACGAUCGUAAAGUUUUAUCAAAUGAAGCUGUUGGUGGUGGAAAAGUUGUGUUGGUUCGGUGUGAUGGGUGA